UCAUUGUGAAGAAGUUGAGCGUGUGGACUGAAUGUAAACUGAGAACGAUGGGAGCGACGUGGAUCUCAUGGAGAACAACUGCAACCGUGUUCAUCACUCUUCUACAAAUCAAAGCUCUGAUCAGUGUCCAGACUACAGUUACCGGUGUGGAAGGCCAGACGGUUGAGUUCAAAUGUGAAUAUGAAGAUGGCCAUAAGAGCAAAGUUAAAUACUUCCGCAAUGACAAAAAUACGAUCCUGAUACAGACAGAAAAAGAUGUCCGGUCGGUGAGAAAUGGACGUUUUUCUCUUUUCGACAACACCACCGGAUCCUUCUUCAUCGUGAGGCUGGACAAACUCACCUCAAGAGACAGUGGGACGUACAGGUGUGGGGUGGACUCACAGCUGAUCAUAGAGCUGAAAGUUUUCCAAGGUACAGUAUAUGAUGGCAUCGUAUAG